AUGAAGCACAUGGUUUUUAUUAUUGUAUCAUUUUUUAUAUUUUCCAAAACUUUUGCUUUUAAAUCUUUAGUAGAUUGUACUGAUGCUCCUUACUUUGAACCCGAUUACAUUUUAUUUCUAUCAAAUAAUCUUGUACGAUUAAAUUCAGUGGGACCAGCCCAAACAGAAUAUCCUGGUAAAAUCCCAUGUUGUUUGCAACAGGGGAUGAUGCUUAUUAGUGAUUAUACGUUUAAAAAUGAAAGUUACCAAUAUACUAUUAUACCAAAAAAUAAACUUUUAUGGGUAAAUGGAUACACUAGCACAAAUAUCUUAAAUUCGAAUGAUUGUUCAAGUGGAAGCCUUGAUUGUAAUACACUUUAUCAAGGACAAUAUACUUACACGCGAGAUGACAAAAUUGAUCCCAAAAAAUUUUUCUCUCCAGGAGAGGAUAUCACGGUGGAAAUAACUAUGUAUGGUAAUUGUUAUUAUGACAACGAAACGAUUUGCUUAUCGUCUUGUCAGUAUAUCGCUGACAUAUCUUAUAAUCCACCAAAAUAA